AUGAGUACCUCGAAGCUGGAAGAUCAUGAACCAGAAGAUAAUGUUAACGUUGUGGGUGGCAAUGUCAACGUCUCCGAAGAUGUUGGGGAGGAUAUUGAUGAUAAACAAGUUAACAUACAUAAUCUUGAGAAAAGUUGGGAGUUUAGAGAGCAAAUUCCUGACUGGCUCGAAAAAAUCACCAAACAUCUUGUCACCCCAACCGAAUUUGAGUCACUGCCCCAAGUAGCAGAAACGUAA